AUCGUUGGACGCUAAAAUCAUAUACAUUUUCGUUUUCAUUGUUUAUUUUUUUGUCUGUCAGUAAUAUAAGUAAAAAAAAUUCGUUUCGGUAUUUUGAUUUUAUAUCAAACAAUCUCUUUAACAAAAAAAAUUCCAUUCAAUACGAAAUGUUUUUGAACUGCAUUUUAUAAGAUUUUUUUUGACCUUCAACUAUACCAACUUCUAUUUAAAGAAGUUUCAAAACAUAAUCAAAACAAAUAGUCUCUCUCGAAAACCCCCCUUUUUUUAACCAUCAAAAAUGGAUAACGCUUGGACGCUUCGCAUAAUGUUAUUCGCGGCUUUAGCCUUGGUUAUUUUUGGCGACUUUUUCGGCUAUGGCAGCAUAAAGGGAGUCAAGUCCGCCUCCAAUCAAGGAUCGGCUGGAAAAUUUCAACAGAAACAAACUGAAUUCGAAUUGACUGAUGAUGAAGAAUCUGAUCUUCAAGACUUAACACCAGCUGAAUUUAAAAAGCAACGAGUUCUAGCGAAAUCUCAACUCACCGAUGCCAUUCGAGAUUCCUGUUUGCCAAAAAUGCUUUGUGAAAUGGCUUCCAAACCAGAAUAUGUUCUUUCGGAAAAAGAAAAGGACUUACUCCAUAUGAUUCGCUCAUCAACUAUGUCAUUAGCAAUGAAUAGUCCACCAAGUAAAUGGCAUUUUGCUGCACACAUGGGAGAAUUACUCAAACACACUGCCGAUAAUUUAAGUGGACCAAUGGGAUGUGCGAAUUUAUGGCCACACUGUCCAAUUAGUUCGAAAAAAUUAAUGAAACUUUCUUAUAAAGUUAAUUUGAAAUAGAAAAUAUUUUACAUUCAAAAAAACUAAU